GACAUUUUAAAAAUCAUCAAAAAUCAUGUUCAAAUUUUCAAAUUACUUUUUCUUCAAGCGUGACUCUAGCAUUUCCUCAAAAGGAGACACAAUAAAUUCUCCAAAACUGGCUUUGGUGAAACAAAUGAUAAAAAGUGACAAAAUCGUAAUAUUUUCAAAAUCGUAUUGUAUAUACUGCAAGAUGGUCAAAGAACUGUUCGACAAAUGUGAUGCACAAUACACCGAAUACGUUUUAGAUAGUAGAGAAGACGGAGAAGAAAUUCAGAAAAUAUUGGGGGAUCUUACCGGAGCCAGUACUGUGCCGAGAGUUUUUGUAAAUGAGAAAUGUUUAGGUGGAAGAGCUGAAUGUAAACAUUUAUAUGAUUCCGGAAAACUAAAAAAACUGUUGAUUUUCUAGAUAUGCAAAUAAUUCAGGUCCCUGUAAUAAAUUUUUAACAUAUU